AACACCACCGACGACAGCCUCAAAAGUCUCGCAUUUAGUCAUCUCCUAAUCAGAUUAUUAUGUAUUCAAUUCGCAGGAUUAUAUCGAGUACUUGUUUUUUCCCUGUCAUUGACCAUAAAAAAUUCCAAACGUUUGAAUUUUAAUUCAAACGAAAUUUUUUGAUCAAAGCGAGCGAGAAACGACGCAGCUGCUUCCGCUUCCGCAACUUCACAUUUGGAAAUCUGAGAUUCUGAGAUACUUCAAGUUCAAGACGACGGCUUUUAACUUCGCCUUCUGCAACAAGUGCUUUUCUCGAAAGCCCAAAUGCCUUCUACUUCGUUUUCUCAUCACAAAACCUGCAGAGCUACAACCUCCUCCUCCUCCCCUGUUUUUUCUUCAGCUGCUGCUUGCUCUGUUUCUGCUCCGAAACAGGACAGUGGUGGUGGUGGGGGAAGCUGCGAGCAGAGCCCGCGGCGGCUCACCCGGCAAAGAAAGCUCCGCCACAUCAACAACGAGGAUUUCUACGUCCCUGAUAAGUCUUACUCCUCGCCCGCUUCGCCGGAAUAUUCGACUCAAAAGUCAAGAUCGCCGGGUCACGGGUCCAAGCCAAACCACUGGUCUUCUGCGCCGGCUCCGCAGCCCUUGCCCCUUCCUGAAUCUCCCGUGAUCCGGAAACCUGAAUAUGCUCAAAAUGGGUUCCUUGGCCCCAGGAAGGUCAAAGGUAAAGCUGUCACAAGCUCAGGAUCGGCAUCGCCGAGUUCUUAUUCGAGUCAAGUUGCCACAACCUCAGGAGGAUCAGCAGCAGCAGUGAGUUUUUAUUCAAACAAUCGUCGAGGGGCACUCCUCCAAGAUGCUAACAAUGGUGGCGGUUCGCUGAGUUCUUAUUCUAGUCAAGUUGCCACAACCUCAGGAGGAUCAUCAGCACCAGUGCGUUCUUAUUCAAACAAUCGUCGAGGGGCACUCUCCCAAGAUGCUAACAAUGGUAGGGGUUUCCUUAAUAACUUGGCUCUGAAUAUUCUUUCUAGGAAAGCGCAGGCAAAUGGUAUAUCAAGUCAUCCUUUUAGCAACCAAAGAUCGAAAACUGUCGAUUGUUAUCCUAUACUUGUUGCUCCCACUUCACCCGUUAAUUGUUCAAGCAACUGCCAUAGGGGAACGCCACACGAAUAUGAAAGUUGCAACAUGAGCAGGAGUGCUCCAACAAGUGCUUUUUCAAGUCCUGCAGUUAGCCCCAGGAGAUCAAACACCGCUGGGGGUUUUUUUACUUCUUCUGGGGCUCCCCACGAUCAAAAUCUGGAUGUCUUUCCUCCAAGAUUAUCACCAAAUAAACCUUCUAAUAGUCCCAGCCAUUCUCCUACAUCUCGAAGUCCACGCUUCAACCAGAAAAGUUCAAAUGGAAAUGCAUUUCUUUUGCCUUCUUUAGAGAGGGUUGAAAGUAGUGGUCAAGUCAGUGCCCACCCUUUGCCUCUGCCACCUCCACCACAGCAAUCUGUUAUGCACCACAAUGCAGAGGCUCUAUUGUUAUCAUCAAUGAAAGGUCAAUGGCAGAAGGGAAAACUUAUUGGGCGCGGCACCUUUGGUAGUGUGUAUCUCGCAACCAACCGAGAAACCGGGGCCUUGUGUGCAAUGAAGGAAGUUGACCUCAUUCCUGAUGAUCCUAAAGCUGCUGAAUGUAUAAAGCAGUUGGAGCAGGAAAUUAAAGUCCUCCGCACACUAAAGCAUCCAAAUAUUGUGCAGUAUUAUGGUAGUGAAAUGACUGAAGAUCACUUUUACAUAUAUUUGGAAUAUGUUCAUCCUGGAUCGAUUAAUAAAUACGUCCAAGACCAUAUUGGAGCUAUGACAGAAUCUGUAGUUCGCAAUUUUACUCGCCAUAUCCUCUCUGGGUUGGCUUUUUUGCACAGAACAAAGACAAUUCACAGGGAUAUUAAGGGUGCAAAUUUGCUUGUUGAUGCAUCAGGCGUUGUUAAACUUGCCGAUUUUGGGGUGGCAAAACAUCUCAAUGGGCAAUCGUACAAUCUUUCUUUGAAGGGCAGUCCAUACUGGAUGGCUCCUGAGGUGAUAAGGGCUGCAAUGCAGAACAGUGCUGCUCCUGAUCUUGCUUUGGCCGUCGAUAUAUGGAGCUUGGGUUGUACUAUUGUUGAGAUGUUCAAUGGAAAACCUCCGUGGAGUGAAUUUACAGGACCUCAAGCUAUGUUCAAGGUUCUAAACACCAUCCCGGAUAUACCAGAAACAUUAUCUGCAGAAGGAAAGGACUUCCUUCAUUUGUGCUUUCGUAGGAACCCUGCAGAGAGACCAUUAGCUAGUAAGCUACUUGAGCAUCCGUUUGUACGAAAUUCACACAUCAGACCUUUUCAAUGAUAUACCUAAUAGAUAAAUUGGAUGGUCCGAAGGACCAUAUUAAUCUUAAAAAUGGUCGAAUAUCGAUCUCUCCACACUUGUAAUUUAGAGGUGGCUUUGCUUCAUUCUUCAUCCUUGUCCGGAAUUGCAUCCCUUGUUCAAUUGAAAGUCUCCAGCUAUAAGCGUUGAAAGGAACCAUAGCGGGAAAAUCCCAAACCUCUGAAAUUGGAUGAAAUGGAUCCGAAGUUUCUCUCUUGUUCCAUCUGGAAGACGCUCUUCUCUUGGGAAAUACGGCUGCACAGCUCUAACAAGGAUUUUCAUUGCUUGGACUGCCUCUGAUGAAGUUACAUAAGCUUUACCAGUGAAUUAACUGAGUGGGAUUUGGAAGCUGGUUAUUUUAUUCAUCGCCGGUGGAGUUGGGAACUCGGAGCUAGCGCAACGGGUCCUUGAUCGGGGAGAUAAUCGAGUUUUACGUGGAGUUAAGAUGAGUAGGUAGAAACUGUUGUGUGUACUCACUCAGAAGUUAGAACAGGUGAUGGGAGUUAGUCUAUCUGUAAAUACUGAUUUAUGCUGAUUCUCCAAAUAGGAAUUUUCGAACUUUGUUUCCCACGUCUAUUGGUAAUGCUUAAGAUUAAAUUUUUAGUGUAAAAA